AAGUUCAUACUUGUUUACUCCGAAGUCAACACAGACUGUCUUUAGAAAGUUUCCACAAGUGGAGCCGCUGGCGUCGAGUGGGAGCAACAGGAUGUGGCCUCUCGUCUUUCUGCUCUGCUUCAUUCAAGGUUUUGGUGUUCAAGGGGCCAGAUGGGAGAUUAUAAUUCAUACAUCUGACAAAGAAGGCGCGGGUACAGACUCCGAUAUCUUUCUUACUCUCCAUGGAUCUCGCGGAUCUUCCGCAGAAAUAAAUUUAGGCAAUACUUACAACAACUACAACAACUACUUUGAGAGAAAUCAGGAGGACAGAUUCUUUGUUACAACUGACGACAUUGGUGAAGUGUGCUCACUGACCAUUAGGUCUGCCGAUUUUGGUUCAGGGAAGAAUAAUGCAGAGGUUUUGGUGCGACUGCUUGUUAUCAAGGAAAACUGGAAAUCAGAAGGAAAUCUAUCCCGAUGUCCCAUGCUCCAGGCUGCAGUAAAAAUCCUCAGUUUUCUUCCCAGUCUGCUGUCUUGGACCCUGUGGCAGAAGAAAUUCUCUGGACACCACAGUCUAGAAGAAAAUAAUCACCCGUCGAUUUCUGAGUUUUAUCUUUUACAGAAAACUUAUCAGUUAGAAGCAACCCGUCUCCAUAUGUUGACAUUAAAGUUGACAGAUUUAUAA